CUCUUAGCCCAUCGAACCCAAAAGCCGCCUCCUUCUACUCCCGCUCGCCCACGAUGGCCCUCAAGCACAACCCCUAGCCGCUGCAACGCUCCGACCCCGCGGCAUUGCCACCGUGAAUCGGACGACGGCCGUGUGCAACUAUUCUCUCCACGCGGCAGCGCUGCCGGCCGACGACGGCGGUAGCGUCGGCUUUCCCAAACCCUAAGCUCUAAGCCCUAAACCCUGAACCCCUAAUCCUCCGUGGAUCGAGAAACGCGAGGAACAGAAGAGAAGAGGCUCAAAUAAACUAAUCAAAAUAUCCUCCGUCCGCGGCAGCUCUCCAACAGCUCUCCGACGAUGGCAAUGGCUACGGAUGGCGAUGCAAGGAUUUCUUCUCGGCCGCUGCCUAACUAUGAUAGCAGCAUUGUUCAGGAUGCACUGGAGCAGCUUGCAUCGAUUGAUCUGAUUGCACUAUGCAACGAAGCGAAAAUAGAGCAUUGCCGUGCGACGAGAGAUCUAAGUAGCUGUGGACGCUAUGUGCAGCAUGUGCUUAGUUCAUGUGGACAUGCGUCUUUAUGUGCAGAAUGCAGUCAAAGAUGCGAUGUGUGUCCAGUUUGUAGAACUUCCAUACCUAAUAUUGGAAGUAGAGUCCAACUUCGUCUUUACUAUAAAUGCAUAGAGGCGGGCCUUAUCUCUAAGCGACAUGAUGACAGAUUCCAAGAAAAAGAAAGCAGUAGAAACCAUAGUAUGACUGAUAUCCAACGCCUAUACUUGCUGUUUGAUGUUGCACUGGAGAACAAUCUGGUUUCUUUAAUUUGCAAUUAUGUUACAGAUGUCUGUAUGGAUGAACAUGCUGUGUCAAGUGAUCCUGUGCUUUCUUUUCUUUUUGAUGAAGUCGUCAUCAAAGAUUGGUGCAAACGGACGGUUAAGAACAUCAUCUCUAAUCUCCAGGAGAAAUAUACACUGGAAGUUAAAGCAAUGAAAUCUGAGUUAUGUUCGUUUCAGAAGUUUGCUUCGCAGUUGGCUGGAAUUUCUAGUGUUCUAGAAGUUAUGGUUUCACUGUUCAAGGAUACUUUUUCUGCUCAACUACCUGACUUGCAUCAACUCUUCGAGAGUACGCUAAAGGCAGAGCAGCAUUUGGAGGUCAUGAUUUGGUGCACUAGACAUAACUUUUUGGAGGGUGUUCAAUCACACUAUUCUGAUCCAGCAUUGUGGAAUUUGCAUGUAGUUGAAAGGAAAUUGGCUGCUGUUGAACGAUCAUGGCCCAAGCUUUCAGGUGAUGCCGCAAAUUCUUUUGGGCCGGAUGGUGCCAUACUCUUUAUUGAGCAAGCACUGGAAAAUCUUGGGAUAGAACAGACUAAUAUUCAGACAAAUGAUGAAGAAGUAGAUAUAUUAUGCUUGCUUGAUGAGAAUUCGCCAUUAUUCUUCUUGUCCAAGGUGGAUAAGGCCAAUAGAAAUGGAUAUCCAUUUAGAGAUCUGAGAGUGGCUGCUGAUGUGCUUUUUCUGCGGGGAACAUCUGAUACGGUGGUUGCCAAACAUGCGGUAUUCUUAUAUUAUCUAUUUGAUCGGCAUUGGACUAGACCUGAAGUGGAAUGGAAAUAUCUAAUUGAUGAUUUUGCUGCAACCUUUGGUAUAACUAAACACUCAUUGCUUGAGUCUUUAGUAUUCUAUCUUCUGGAUGAUCAUUCUGUUGAGGCUCUGCAGGAAGCUAAUCGUCUUCUCCAAGAGAUUGCUGGCCGAGAAACACAUCCGAAAAUAGCACAAGUUCUAUUGGAACGGCAUUGUCCCGAUGUGGCUUUAAGUGUUCAGCGGUGCACCGGGCGUGAUGACUUCUGCUCUAAUGCAAAUAUUGAGCAUGAUAGUCUUGGUGAAGCAGUAACUGCUGUUCGGGUCAGAAUAGAGUGUGGCCUUUUAACAGAAGCCUUCAUGUAUCACAGAAUGCACUGUUCUAAAGUAAAGGAAUCAAAAUCAAAGCAUGCUGCACUCUCCAAUAUUGCAAAAUCUGACUCUUGGCUAUACCAUGUGGAAGUCUUGGUGACUGAAAUUUAUUAUCUCUGUAUGCGGAGGAACCUUCUUGAUAGAAUGAUUGAGUUGCCUUGGGACUCUGUUGAAGAGAAGUGCCUCCACAAGUGUCUUCUCGACCAUGCUUGUCAAAGGCCAUCAGAAAUAUAUGGUAGUCUUCUUGUGGUCUUUUAUCUCCAGCGAUAUCGAUAUUCGGAAGCUUAUCAAGUUGAUCGUAAGCUUCAGAACUUGGAGUUGAGCACUUUGGAGACUGCUAGUGAAGAUGAGAUUACCCAGACAAGAUUGAUAGCUCGGUGGAGGCAAGGCUUGGUCGUUAGAAGCCUCGAGUUGCUUCCUGAGGUGGAACGGCAGAAAGUGGUUUCCACAAAUGUGGCUAAUGAUCUUUCUCAUGAAUCACCAAAUCAUUCUAUUUUGAGUCCUGUGGAUUCUUUUGUUCUGCAGAAUAAGGUGAGUUCUCAUUUAGAAAAGUAUAAUGCUCACACGCCUCUCAACAAAACCAGCAGUAAUUCCCAUAAGGAGUUUGGCAGCAGGAAGGCUCCAACUAUCAUUCAGCGCAGACUUCUUACUACUCCGGAAGAUCCCAUCGAUUCCAAGAUGAAUUUAACAUCAGCUUCCUAUGGCAUGUAUUCAUCGAAAAACCAGAACGGGGAGAUUUCAAAGUCAAAAGGUAUGAGCAAUGUUAGAGAGAGCACAUGGCAAGCUGGUUUUAGGCAAGGACAUCAACAUGCUGGCCAUCUACUUCCCAGAAAAUUUCACUUUGGUUCUCAUGGUACACCUCUUAAGGAACAAACAAACACAAGCUCAUUGAGAUUGCCGUAUGACGUUAGGUUCCAGGAGGAAUCUAUCAGGACGAACCGGCUUGAUUUCACUGGUCGUGCAGAAAAUUCCCAUCUGUUUUCGCCGGAAGAUGCUUCACUUGGUCGCAAGGAACAAGAAAAUAUAGCUCAGAGUAAUGUUACUGCAGAAGAGUUAAUUGAUGAUAAGAGUCUGACAGAGUUAUCGAAACAAAAUCUGCUGGAGAGUUUUUCUACGAAGAGGGUGGAAGAGGCUGAUAUAAAACCACGGAGUUUUAGAGAAGGUGGUUCACCUGUUGAUUAUGGAAGCAUGAGAGGUGGGUCAAGGUGGCGGUCAGACGAGUCUACUAGUGAGGAUGAAGUAGAAGACCACAGGCCUGGCCGCAACAUAGAUAGUGGAGUGUCUUUUUCUAGAAGACGAGCUAGAAUUUCCAGAAGAUGAUCAAUACUAAAGAAAUUUCCCCAGUUACUUUCAUUGUUGGAGUUGACAAGAGAUCGGAUUUUCAAUGAACAACUGAGGCCUGUGAAUUUUGUUGCAGCCGUUUAAAGAAGUGAAUGGGGAUGAUUUGUACUCUGGAAGUACUGUUGAAUAUGGCCGGUCCUGAUGUUGAAAUUUCCCCAUGUUGAAACAUAGAUUUGAUUGCUUUAGCUUUUUAACAGGCGAGAGCAGCUGCACGGGGAAUCAGUGUUAUCUCAUUUACCAUACUGGACUGUGGGACUGAAUGUAGUGCGAUCCACCACAUUUGAUUGUCUAUAUCCAAA